UAAUAUUCACCCCGGAAGAGCACGAAAGAGUUGCUUUCUGUCCUCGGAUGAGGUGAAUCUAGCAAAUAAUCAAAAUCAUGUCUGCUAAUAGGAGGGUAACGCUCAUAUUUGGAGGCUUCAUUGCAGCAGUUGCUGUGGCUUUUUAUCCUAUAUUUUUCCAUCCUCUCGCUCACACUGAAGACUACAAACAGAUGCAGAAGGUAAAUCGAGCCGAAAUCAAUCAAGCAGAUGUGCAGCCUGUUGGUGUGAAGAUCUGGUCUGAUCCCUUCAAGCCAAAAUGAGUCCAGUGUGCGGAUGAAAAUUGAGUGAAUAAACACAAGGACUGAUGUGUCACGCACUGAGGAUUGAGUAUUUGAGACAAACACAUUAACUCUUUGCUACCAUGCAUCAAAUGAGACUUUUAGGAUGUAUGAAUCUUAUGUGUUUGUAUAUUUUGUGUGGGAAUAUGAUUGAAACUAGAAAGAACGAAUAACUAAAAAUAGUUCAAAUAAAAUAAAAAUGGAAACUU